UUUCUAUUCUUUCCAGUGAUCUUGUUGCCAAGGUUACAUACAAGUUGACCUUUAAUGGAAGUCUGUUAACCCCUGGUGACCUUCAGCCCUUAAACACCACUGUACUUCAGAAUGCAAUGAGCUCAGCGACUUUGAAUCAGAUAUACACUGUAUUAGAUAAAACACAGGUUAGAAAUCUAGUGAAAUAUAAUCAGAUGUUUUCUAUUGUGAUGACGAGAUCAUUACUGGAUAUUGACAGGGCAAAGUUCCAGCUACAGCUGAAACAGGCAUGGAUUGCUUAUAAAAAUGAUGCGUCAGUUAGUGUUGACCUGCAGCUACAAGAAGAGUUUACUGAAACCAGCACAGGACGACAGUUAUGGAUGAUCUCGUAUUCUGUGAGAAGUGGUCAGAAGAUGUUUGAUGUUCAGCUGGAUGAGGACAUCUCUGCUUCCCUGCUGGCAUCGCAUGUAACAUUAAUGGUGCAUGGAACCAGUAAAAAAUAUGCUGACUCAUUCUUUAGUACAACAAAAGAGAAGCUUGUCAGGAACUCCGAUUUGUUUGUGUUGUAUACCAGUGGUCGUGUCGGUGAAGUCAACAGAGGUCAGUUCUCAAGUGGCAUUCAGCAGGCAUGGAAUAUCAAGUAUGGGGAAACCAAAGUGAUCGCCCUUGAUAUUGUAAGCGAAGAUGAGGUGCUAGAUGAAAAGAGUCCCAUGAGCUUUUGGAGACUUUCAUACAGAGUGACAACCAACAAACAGUCACCACAAUCUACAGCACGCAACACCCGUGCACUACAAACAAGUGACGUCAAUAAAAUAAAAGUGAAAAACGUGCACAAUGAAAAUUAUGCCAUUUGGACUUGGGAUUACACGCCUGUACAGAAAUCGAAGACAUUUGGAAUUGUCCUGUCACAGAGGGUGUUUAAGGAUGAUACUGCUCGUGUUCUGAAUGUGGUCGUUGAAGCUGUUGCUGCUAAUUUGGAUGGUGUGACAGCAAAUGACUUGACUGUUGGUACAUAUCAAGAAAAAGUAGUCUCGUCCCAAAGCCAAGUGGGUUGGUCACUGACUUACAUUUUCAAACACAACGGGAAACUAAUUGAUGCCAGUCGGCAGCCACAACUUGAUGCAUCAGCUUUACAACGAGCCAUGAAUUUCACCACACCUAGACAUACAUCUUAUAAAGUGUAUUCAACCUCCUAUAAUGGAGAGUAUGAAGGGUUCCGGAAGUCUACAGACCAGUUCACCAUUAAUUUUGCCGGUCUGGUUCCAACGUAUGUAACAUCAAAACUAGAACCAGUCUUAAAGUCAACCUGGGAGCCACAUUUGAAAAACCAAAAGGUUCGCAUCCAAAGUUUAAGAAGAGAAGAAUAUAUAGGAACCAAAGGAAUGACUGUUACAAGGAUGGUUUACUUUGUUGAUUCUGAUAGCAAACCAGUCUAUCCAUCACUGACCUUGACCCCUGAUCCUACAGAUGUAGUUACCAAGGCGAAAUCUUCACUCGGGUCAACUUUACAACUAUACAAGGGGUCUGACAUGCGCAGCGUUGAUUCAUGCUAUAAACUAUUCGUAUAUAGAGGAAAUCAAAAGAUAAAUACAGAAAACCUCCGAAUCUCUCUGAUAGAUGCCUGGAAUUCAACAAAAGACUUUUCCAGAGCCCACUUUGAAAUAUUGAAAUCAGAAAAAUACAUUGGAGCUUUCGGGUCUCAGUUGACGGGUUUCCUUUACACUGUACGUUACAUGGGAAGCGAUGGCAAAUCAUGGAUAAAUGCAGAACCGGACGUUAUCUUGGAGCCAGAAACAAGCCAAAUAAGUAAUUUACUUGCUGAUGCCCGGCUCUAUAGUGGCAAAAUGAAGUUCAGACAUGCAGAUUUACAUCAAGUGCAGCUGUCCGGAAGUCUAAAUAGGUCAAAGAUCAUGCAGCUUGAAACUACACUCCUGUCACUCUGGAACUCUUCAGUGUAUAAAGAAAAGAAAAUGGUAACCAAUGUAUCAGUCACUGUUGUUGGGGUGGAGGACACUGUUGACAUGGCAACAAGACAAAUUAUUCCAAAAGUAUCGUACACACUGGAUGUCGCUGACGCGCCUGUCACAUCAUGGGAAACACGCCCGUUAUUAAUAAAAGAUCUUCAGACAGCAGUCACAGAGGACUUUGGUUCAGAUUUGGAGUUAUGGACAAACUUAACGAACACACUUAGACAGAUUUACUUUGAAGGCGAUGCAAAAACUAACUAUGGCAAGAAAGGAGAGUUGACUAGUGCAGUUGUCACUGCAUAUUCAAGUGCAAACAAUGUAACUGAAGAUACGGUGAAUCUUCAACUGGUCGAGGAACAGGAACUCUCGGAGGCUAACUAUGUCACUGAUAAUCUCUGGUCACCUGUGACAGUAUUUAAAUAUGGACUGUCAGUCAAUAACACAGAAGCAGACGAGAUUUCACCUCCUACAGAUGAAGAGUUAUCAAGGGCAUUAACUCCGCACAAUGUUAAGGUUGCUGGUGUUGCUAGAAAAUUGAGAAAGUUAUAUCUUGUCGGGGCUAAAGCAGACAUGAACUAUACAGCAGUGGGUAUAUCAGUGAGAAUGUCUUGGUCCCAGACAAACACAGACCUAAACACAGCUUUUGUUGGUGUGCAUAUGAAAACUCCAUCUUCAAGACACAGCAGGGACACAUCCCUUAGCUCAGAAUACAUGCUUGUUGGAAAGAAUGGGGAAGAAAUUACUCCAGUACAGUUCACAGUGUCUGUAAAUGGAGAAGAACCAAACAAAGCCCUGGUCUCCCCUCCUGAGGACAUGGUCCUGGAUGAAAACCUUAAACACGCCAAAACAUCCACAUGCGGAUGUAAACCACGUGCCCAAGGCCAUGUGACUCUAGAAGGAAAGACAGCAGAUACUGAACAGGCAAAGAUACUUGGUGCAGUGAAAGAAGCUGUGGAUCAAGAAAAUGCUGAUGUAGACUCGAGUCAUUUAUCGGUAGAGAUCAUCAAAGUUGAGGACACACAAGAUGAUGGAAAGGACAUAUCUACAGUAACAUACAGGGUAGACUGUGUAAACAAGGGUUGUGAUGUGGAGACAUUGAAAGCCCCUAGCAGAGCAGUGCUGGAACAAUCUCUAGGGCAAGUUGGAAAGACUUUAUACUCAAAAGCAGAACCAACUGAGAAAGAAGAGAGAAAAUGGUUAAUACCAGUAGCUGUUGCUUGUGGGGUUGUGUUGUUUGUCAUCAUUAUAUGUGUCAUCUGCUGCAUUAUGUAUAGACGAAGAAAGCAAGAUAAGUGGAGAGUAGAUAGCCCUGUGAGUGCACAGAAAGAAGGGGGAUUUCAAACAACAGGAAGUGGACGUGAGGGAACAUAACAACUUCGACAAAGAACAUUUCAGCGAUCCAGCAGUCUUUGAAAACCCUGCAUUCAAUGUUGAAUACAAGGAAAGAUUGUAAUACUCUACAGACAUCAUUUUCAAGGUGUGAACUAAUAUUCUGACAUUAUUGGCAACAGUUAGCCCAAAGAAACCUUGGAUAUGGAGAAAGUGCGUGAAAAUGAUGAAAAAGAUGAAAAUACGUCCUCAGGAAUUCUCGGCAUUGCAGAUGGCGACUGAUUCUGCUAAAUGUACAUAUUCUUUAAAGGUCUUUCUGUCGUUACAAAGGGUAAAAUUAUUCUCUGCAAUUAUUUGGUAAAGGCCUAAUAUGGAUAUAUUUUAGACUGUGUUUAUUUAAAAAGUCUGAUUUUACAAGACUUUUGUAUUAAGUGUUUUAUUUUUGUAUUCAUUAUAUAUCACCAAAACAUAUCAGGCGGAUUUAAGCAAUACCUUAAACCAUUUUCUAAAUGUAUUCUCUGGUUUGACAUAAGUAUUUUAUUCAUAUUAACUGUGCUUAACUGGAUCUCAAAACGUUUUGCUUGUGGAAGAAAUGUGUUUUAAAAGAAUGCUAAAUCUUCCAUUGUGUUUGUAAAUAUGAAGAACAAAGAUCUGAAAAAAUGCUAUAAGAUAAGGAGUCAAUGAUUUUCUGAUUUGUUUAACUUAUUUCCGUCGCAUCAUUUACAGUGUGAAUGACAAACAUACGAACGUUUAUUUGAGUCUGUAAAAAUAAUUAAAAAAAGAAAAGAAAAAGAAACAUGAUUAAAGUAAACCUUAUGAAUAUAACAUUUUGUUUGUAAGUUUUGGUGACUUUAUUGAUGCUCCAGGAUGUAACCUGGAUAAGGGAGUGCGAAUGUUUUAAAAGUAUACAGGUGAAUGUCGUUAAUCCUCUAUAAAUAUAUGUUUGUAUUUUAUAUACAUGUGUAUAUGUUUCGUAUGAUAUUAGUGUUCAAAUGUUUUGACAUUUCUUACAAAACUUUAUUUUUCCGUUUGAUAUUUUUCUUUGUAUCUUUAUUUGUUCAUCAUACGUCAAUUUAUUUAUAGACAAAAUAUUUUCUUUCAAGUUUUUUUCCCACAAAAUUUAAUCAAAACAUGGCAGCUUUGAUUGAAAGUUGAUCGUGCUAAAAGUUUGGCAAAUUAACACUGUUUCUCAGUGUAUUUUACAAAGAUAUAUCUAUAAAAAAUUAUCUUUAAUAAUUCAGAAAUGAGAAUGAUAUUACUUGUAGUUCUAUUGAAUGAAGGGUGUAAUAAUACACACAAGCCAAAAAUAGUUUUAUUUUUCUUUCUUCUAUUAUGUACAUAUUUAUUAUAUUUCUCAGAUGUAUGUACAGAUAUGUGACAAUAUUUUCUUUUAAAAUAAAUAUUUUCUUAGAAUCAUGAAAGAGUUAUUAAAGCUU